GUUCUUUCAUUUUACCUCAACAGCGAAAAUUAUUAGCUUGGUUUCCCUGUGAUGUCGAUAGGUGGACCAAAACAACGACAUUAGCCUUCCGUGCUGUUGUGUGGGAUGCUGUUUGUCCGUCAGCCGGCUUUCAAGCUAUGCUUUGGGCCGUCUUAGUGAUCUGGAGCGCAGCCUUUAAACGCAGCGGAGGGAUUUUAUUCGAGAAGAAGCUAAGCUGCUAACAGCUCAGGAGCAGCUAGCUUCAUGUUGUUUCUCCACCGGACUCCUGCUGUCUAACGCUCGUCUGGAUCAUCCCAAAACACUGCAGCUCAUCGGUGGCAGCAGAGGAAGGCAGAGGUGGAAGUCGGUAGCAUCCCUUGUCCCGAUCAACCUCGGAGAUGACGUCACAACAACAACAACCGAUCCCAAACGCCGGCAUUCCUGCUCAUCUGGCUCCGAACUCCUCUGCUCAGCAGGCUCAGUCCCACCUGCAGCACAACCGCGUGGACUCGGGUCAGAGCCGGGCGAACGUCGGUCCUCUGGAGCACCGAGCUCUGACGAGCAGGCGGGGCUGCCGCAGCGUGGCCGCUGGCAGCGGCGAGGCGGCUAACAGAAACCUUUCUACUCGCUCCACAAACUCCAGCUCGUCCAGAGAAGACCGGGGCUUUGAGCCUUGGCCCGAGGAAGCGGUAGACAACUCCCACGGUCUGUACUCCCUUCACCGCAUGUUUGACAUAGUCGGAGCCCAGCUAACGCACAGGGACGUCAGGGUCCUGUCGUUCCUGUUUGUCGACGUGAUCGAUGAGUACGAGCGUGGCGGUAUCAGGAGCGGCAGAGAUUUCCUGCUCGCACUGGAACGCCAGGGCCGAUGUGACGAGACGAACUUCCGACACGUCCUCCAGCUUCUGCGGAUAAUCACCCGCCACGACCUCCUGCCUUACGUCACCCUCAGGAAACGGCAGACGGUGUGCCCAGAUCCUGUUGACAAGUACUUGGAGGAAACAUCUGUGCGAUACAUUUCACCAAGAGGAACAGAGCAGUGUAAGGACGCUGUAGCUCAUAGGAGAACAGGCACGUACCCGUUCAUAUGUUGCCCGCCAUCAGGAUCGCCUGUCGGUUCUCCCCGGACGAAGCCGGUCCCGUCUGCUCAGCAUCGCAAACGGAAGAGGAGUAACUCAUCCGCCGACUGCAAAGAAAAGCAAACCUGUGAUAUUCGCCUUCGAGUCCGCGCAGAAUAUUGCCAGCACGAGUCUGCCCUUCAAGGAAACAUCUUCUCCAACAAGCAGGAGGCGGUGGAGCGACAGUUUGAGCGCUUCAACCAGGCCAACACCAUCCUGAAAUCCAGAGACUUGGGUUCCAUCAUCUGCGACAUCAAGUUCUCAGAGCUCACCUACUUGGACGCCUUCUGGAGGGACUACAUCAACGGCUCGUUGCUGGAGGCCCUUAAAGGGGUCUUCAUCACGGAUUCCCUCAAACAAGCUGUGGGCCACGAGGCCAUAAAACUGCUAGUCAACGUUGACGAGGAGGACUACCUGGCCGGUCGGUGCAAACUGCUCCGCAAUUUGGUCGCCAGUGGAGGGAGUCUACGCGUCGGUAACCGAGACGCCGUCUCCUAGAUGGACUCUGGGGACGGUGGCGUGUGGGAGCCGUGCCGCUGUGCUUCCUGUUUAAAGAAAAGCGUGAGACGUGGUUGUAUUCUUGGAUGUGUGUGCUUGAAAGGAACCUCAAGCCCAUUUAUUCCUAAAGAGUUAUUCUUAUCGGACAUCUACUUGGCACCCGUAAAGCAUAGCAUGCGAGGAGACGUGGAACAGAGCCACCCAGGUGUUGCACACAGGCGUCCGUCUGGAUGUAGAUCAUUUCAGUUCAAGUAGGGAAUGGGAGUAACGUGUGCGUUAAACUUAUUUCCUCACCGUUGUACGUUUCAACCUUUCAUGCUGUUUUCUUAAUGUCACCCACGACACUGUUCAACCCAACUCGAGUUGUUUUCAACUAUGAGGGUAGAAGUUUUAAUUUUAACGGUUUUUCAUCAUUUCCUCAUUAUGGAAUAUUUUACCCAGUUACUUCAGGCUGACUUGCAGCGUGUCAGAUGAAAGCAUCGUGUCCAAACACUACCCACACUUAGACCCGUUACUCUGUGGUUCUGAUGUAAAUGACUGAUCACGUUGGUGCAUUUUCAGCCACUGUGUCUUCGAUUGAACCAAUAUGACUGAGCUCCUCGCCCUGGUGUAGUAAGUCCGUCACUGGUGGUGUUUUAUUUUUCUUUUAAAUAUUAAAUGUCUGACAUUUUCAACCUGUACUUUAUCCCUCGUUCUGUCGUUCAUGUUACACAGAUUUUUUUUUUUUUUUAUUGAAACUACACUAAAAAAAAGAAUAAAUGAAGACCAAUCGACUGUC